AUGUAUUUGGAAACUAGAAGGGCUAUUUUUGUUUUUUGGAUUUUUCUCCAAGUUCAAGGAACCAAAGAUCUCUCCAUUAAAAUGUACCAUUCUGAAACUAAAGACAUAGACAAUGCCCCAAGAAUCGAAACAGCUGAAAGUACUGCAAAAAUGUACAAACUGUCAACCAUGAGGCGAAUAUUCGAUUUGGCAAAGCAUCGAACAAAAAGAUCAGCAUUUUUCCCAACUGGGCUUAAAGUCUGUCCGCAGGAAUCCAUGAAACAGAUUUUAGCCAGUCUUCAAGCUUAUUAUAGAUUGAGAGUGUGUCAGGAAGCUGUGUGGGAAGCAUAUCGGAUCUUUCUGGAUCGCAUCCCUGACACAGGGGAAUACCAAGAUUGGGUCAACAUCUGCCAGCAGGAGACUUUCUGCCUCUUUGAAAUUGGCAAAAAUUUCAGCAACUCCCAGGAGCACCUGGAUCUUCUUCAGCAGAGAAUAAAACAGAGAAACUUCCCUGAGAGAAAAGAUGAAAUAGCCACAGAGGAGAUAUUACAAGAGCUGGGUGAAACCCCCGCAUUUUCAACAGAUAUUGCCAGCGUCUCACCGGGGUCCUUCCUUGUCACUCCUGAGGACACACUCCUCAAUGGCACUAAGAUGCCUAUAAUAGAAAGAGAAAUAGAAUUCACUGAGGUAUCUGAGGGCCCACUGGAGCAGAAGGUGGAGCUGAGUAUCUCUCUGGCAAACCAGAAGUUCAAGUCAGAACUCGCUGACUCCCAAUCCUCAUAUUACCAGGAGCUAGCAGAGAAGUCCCAACUUCAGAUGCAAAAGAUAUUUAAGAAACUUCCAGGAUUUGAAGAAAUCCAUGUAUUAGGAUUUAGACCAAAGAAAGAAAGAGAUGGCUCAAGCUCCAUAGAGAUGCAACUUAUGGCCGUCUUUAAGAGAAACAGUGCAGAAGCAAAAAGUCCUGCAAGUAACAUGCUGUCUUUUGAUUCCAACAAAAUUGAAAGUGAAGGGGUCCUUCAUGGAAAGAUGGAGGAUGACAAGCAAUCAGAAAUCUAUCUCACAGUUUCAGACCUCAAAAAGCUGAUCAGCAGAGCACUACAAGAAGACGAAUCCUUGGAUGUGGGGACAAUUCAGUUCACUGAUGAAAUUGUUGAGUCAUUGUCAGGCUUUGAUAUUGAUACCCCGUCAGUACUGCCUACCCACCUUGCUGACAUCACAAAGGAUGCUACUUUAAGUCCAGUACUUCCUCUUGGUCAACCCAGGCCUGAGACAGUGGACAGAGCAGGACACAGUCUACCUGGUGAUUCUUUGUCUCCACCUGCUAUGGCCUCUACCUCCCUGUCAGAAAUUCUACCAUUUUUUACUGCAUCGAGCAUCAUCUCUCUGACUGAUCAAAGUGCCACAGACAUAAUGUCCACUGACCAGACAGUACUAAUCCCAGGGCUAACCAUCCCCAUCAAUGAUUAUUCUGCCAUCAGCCAAUCAGCUCUGGAAAUUUCACGUUUGCCUACAUCUUCAGAAGACCACGGGUUAACUACAGGCAGCGAAGAUAUAGUCAGAGACUUUGAUGGACUGGAUCUAGCUAACAUUCCUUCCCCCUCUGAGGUACCAGGAUUCAGUGGAUAUGUUUCCACCCCAGACAGUUUCUUGGAGAAUACCACUCCUGUCCCAGCUUUACAGUAUAUCACAACUGGCUCUACGACCAUCGCUGCCAAGGGCCGAGAGCUCGUGGUGUUCUUUAGUCUGCGUGUCGCUAACGUGCCCUUCUCCAAUGACCUCUUCAACAAGAGCUCUCUGGAGUACCAAGCUCUGGAGCAACGAUUCACACAGCUGCUGGUUCCAUAUCUACAAUCCAAUCUUACGGGAUUCAAGCAACUCGAAAUACUUAACUUCAGAAAUGGGAGUGUGAUCGUGAAUAGCAAAAUGAGAUUUGCUAAGUCAGUACCAUACAACCUCACCAAGGCUGUGCACGGGGUCUUAGAGGAUUUUCGUUCUGCUGCAGCCCAGCAACUCGAUCUGGAAAUAGACAGCUACUCUCUCAACAUUGAACCAGCUGAUCAAGCAGAUCCCUGCAAAUUCUUGGCCUGUGGUGAAUUUGCCCAGUGUGUAAAGAAUGAGUGGACCGAGGAAGCAGAGUGUCGUUGCAGACCGGGGUAUGAAAGCCAGGGGCACCUGGACCACCAGGACCUGGGCCUCUGUGCUCCUGGAGAGGGAUGUGAGGUCCAGGGAAAUGGAGCCCUGUGCAGGUCACCAGACUACUCUAAAAAGCAAGUAUACAAAACUGUUGUUAAAAACUUCCAUCAUCAGCAAAAUAAAAAGGUAAACUCAUACUUUUAUAUGUUGGAAAAAAAUUCUGAAUUACUGACUCUAGGAUAUGAAGAAUUUAACCAUCAAGAUUGGGAAGGAAAUUAA